AUGGUGCAAAACGUCAGUGCACAAGCCAAAAGAAUUGGGCUUAUCGAUCAUGUUGUUAUGGCUGUUAUAUCCCGAAACCCUGAUUUGCAAAAAAUUCAAGGUGAAUUGGUGAAUCAGCUCGGAUUGGAAUUGGUGGAGGAUGGAGAAGUGGAAAGAGCCAGUAGAUUGAGGGAGAGGAUUAUGGGAGGAAAGAAGAUCCUUAUUAUCUUGGACGACAUUUGGGAGAUAAUAGAUUUGUCAAGCAUUGGAAUUCCUAGCUAUGACGAGCUUCAAAGAUGCAAUUCCAAGGUCCUACUCACCACAAGGAUCAGGAGUCUUUGUCAUUCUAUGGGGUGCCAAGAACCUAUUCCUCUCAAGAUCCUAUCAGAAGAUGAUUCUUUGAAAUUCUUCAUGAAGAAGUCGAGAAAGCCUUUUCAUGGAUCUGCCGAUUCCGAUGAUGAAGAGAAGAAAAUAGUUAGAGAAUGUGAUGGUCUGCCAAGUUUAUUGGAAGAAGCUGCAAGGGAAUUUGGAGAUAAAUACGUGAAAGAAUGGAAUGAAGCAGUUUCAAAGGAAUUUGGAGAUAAUGAGGAUGAAUUGCAAAAAUCAGCUCGAGAAGUAAAUGCAUCUAAACUUGUCCCCACUAAAGAUGAGAGAGAUAUAUUUAGAAGGAUAGAGUUAUGCUAUCAUACCUCGAGGUUUGAUGAUGCCAAGUCCUUUUUCUUGCUUUGCUGCAUGUUUCCAGAAGAUUAUGAUAUUCCAUUUGAAAAAUUGUUGACCUACGGCAUUGGAAAAGGUUUGCUUCUAUAUUCUGACACGUUGCAAGAAGCUAGAGCCAGAGCACAUUCUUUGGUCGCAUACCUUCAAGCUUCAGGGUUGCUUUUGGAUGGUAAGAAGGGAUGCAUAAAAAUGCAUUGUGACAUCCGAAAUGCGGCCAUGUCUAUUUUGUUGUCUGAAGAAGGUCAUGCCUUUUUCGUAAAAGCUGGUUGUGAUUUGAAGUAUUGGCCAAUGGAUGCCCAUGAAGGCUACUUGGCAAUAUCACUAAUGGGGAACAAUCUUAACAAGCUUCCCGAAACUUUGGUAUGUUCUGAACUCCAAAUUUUACUGCUACAGAAUAAUGCUGGUAUAUCUGACAUUCCAGAAAACUUUUUUCAAAGUCCAAAUGCACUAAGGGUCUUUGAUAUUAGCUAUACCGGUAUUUCAGUGCUACCCUCUUCAUUCAAUCUCCUCACCAACCUCCAAGCCUUGCAUUUGGAUUGUUGUAAUAGAAUAACUGACAUAUCCGUACUUGGGAAGCUGAAGAAAGUAGAGAUUCUUAGUUUGAGAAAAUUUCCUCAUAAGGAUUUCCCAAAAGAGAUAGGAAAUUUGACCAGUCUAAGGAUGCUGGACAUCACUGGUGGAUGUGUUCGAAAAAUUCCAUCCAAAGUGAUAUCGAGGUUGUAUAGACUGGAAGAAUUGUACAUGAAAUGUGAAUUUGGGGAAUGGGGAAGUGAAGUCGAGGAAGCAGUAGGAGAAACAAAUGCUGACUUUGAUGAGAUAGUUGGCUUGUCCCGUUUAAACAUUUUGAAGGUUUACAUAUCUGAUGCAGCUUGCUUACCCAAAGAUAUUGGGUACUUUGAGCUAAAUUGGGUAAACUUUGACAUAUGCAUCAGCAGAGAUCUCUCUUCGGAGAUGAUGCUUGCUCCGAAUGAUGAAGCUUCAAGAACCUUGACUCUUGACAGAACAAUCAAUGACUUACCGGAUUGGUUUAUCAAUGUGGUGACAGAGAAAGCAGAAAAACUGGUGUACAGAGAUUGUAAGGGAGUAAACAACAUUGUUAAGGAAUAUGAGCAUGGGAGAUUACAUGGGCUGAAGCAUGUUGCUGUCAUUGGGUGCCUUGAGAACUUGAAAGAGUUGAUAAAUGCAACAACAUGGGAUCCAAGUAAACCUUUGUUCGAGAGCUUGGAAGAGUUGCAUCUCCUUCACUUGCAACACCUCAAGGAGUUGUGUGUUGGCGAUUUACCACUUGGGUCUCUUCGCAAUCUCAAGUUGUUGAAAGUGCAAACUUGCUGCAACUUGGUGAAUGCACUUUUACCGCAAAAGUUGUUGCAGAGACUAACAAAUCUAGAAACAAUAUUUUGUGUAAACAUGGAACACAUGAAAUAUGUGUUUGGAUUUGAACGGCUCGAGCUUGGAACAAUUCUCUUGCCAAAAUUGAGCGAGAUGAGAUUGUGCGCUCUCUUCGAACUAAUAAGCAUCUGGGAUGGUCCUGCUCCACAUGCAGUCUUUCAUAAUCUCAAAGUUUUGGCAGUUUGCAAGUGUACAAAACUGAAAACUCUAUUCCCAUUUGAUGUAGCUCGAUCUUUUGUGCAAUUGGAAGACCUCUCUGUGGAGCGCUGCCCUAACUUGGGUAGAGUUAUUGAAGCAUGCAACAGCUUUGACAGAUAUAUCAUUUUUCCACAAUUGAAGAAAUUAGCUUUGAUAAAUCUUUCAGAGCUAACAUGGUUCUGCACUGAAAAUGGUUCUAUUGGUAUUGAGUGCCCUCUAUUGGAAUACAUGUAUGUGGAUAAGUGCCCCCACCUCAUAAACACUGCUUCUACUUCUGUUAAACUCAAUGAUCAACAACAUUUGAAUUCUCUAGCAAAAAGGUAUGUCUCUGUGUCAUGA